UUCUACAGAGGCAGGUGAACUCAUAGAAACCGCCGCGGCGACGGCAGUGUGCAUGUGCCGUCUGCUUGGCCUGCUUGCCUGUCUGCCUCCUCGCCUGGCUCCUUCCCUUCCCUAUGGCAGCACCAUGACAGCCUGUGUUUGUAAGCCCCAGCAGCCCAUCACGCAUGUCAUUUUUGACCUGGAUGGCACCCUUUUGAACACCGAGACCCUCUACACAGCGGUGCUGGAAGAAGUCUGCAGCCGCCAUGGGAAGAAAUUCACUUGGGAGCAGAAAGAGGUCAUCAUGGGCAGAAGAGAAUUGGAGGGUCUAGAUAUGCUUCGGAAGAUCCUUAACAUCCCCUUGACGGCUGAGCAAAUGAUUCAAGAAGCUGACAAGAAAAAGAAAGAAUUGUUUCCCACUGCUCAGCUCAUGCCUGGAGCCGAAAGGCUGGUCCACCAUCUACACCAGCACAAGAUCCCCAUUGCGGUGGGCUCCAGCUCCCUCCGAGAGCCAUACGAAUUGAAAACUGGCCACCACAAGGCCUUCUUUGGCUUGUUCCAUCACAUCACGUUGGGAGACGAUCCGGAAGUGAAAAAUGGAAAGCCGCACCCAGAUAUUUUCCUGAUCUGCGCCAAAAGAUUUGACCCUCCAGCGUCUCCGGCCAAGUGCCUCGUAUUUGAAGAUGCUCCCAAUGGGGUCAAAGCUGCCAAAGAGGCUGGGAUGCAAGUGAUCAUGAUUCCCGAUGAACACCUGAAUAAAGAGCUCACUAAAGAAGCCACUUUGGUCCUCCAGUCUAUGAAGGACUUCAAGCCAGAAAUGUUCGGCCUACCAAAACUUGACUGAGAAGAGUCCGUGCCUCUUUUUGCCAAACGCUUCUUGAGUACUCAUCAGCAACUGUCCAAAGGAUUCAGAGCCCCUCUUGUAAUAACAUGCUCGGUUUCUGUGUGACAA